AUGGAAAAAUUUAGAGAUGCGAACCACUCAGAUUUAACGCUAGCACGCGUCAAACACCUCAACGUCGCAAGCCGUCUGUCGUACGACAAAAGCGCUCAUCCCUUCUCUGGUGGAAGCUAUGGGGAUAUUCGUAUUGGAACUUAUGAUGAUCCUGACCGUGGCAAACUUAAGGUGGCGGUAAAAUGUCUCCGCGUUUUCCAUGGGCAGACCCCAGGGAUUAUGAAGUUAAUUUCGAGAGAAGUCCGCGUCUGGUCAAGUCUUGAUCACCCUAAUAUACUUCCACUUCUUAGCUACAUUCUGGAGGAAAAUGACUUCCCAACGCUGAUAUCCGAGUUCAUGGAUGUAAGGAUAGGUAUACUAGCCUUACGCGAAGAUUCUCUCUUUACCAGCACACUCAACUACUGA